CCUGUAUAUAAUGAACUUGUGGUUGAGAACACUUGACAAAGAUUAAGCACUAAAAUGCAGAGGAGUUGAAGAAUGAUAGAUGACUCUGAAGAUGCACAUUGAUUCUUGAGUUUGAGCUGGAAACCCACUUCUCACUGUCACUGUUUCUCCACAUGAUCUAUUUUAGUGACAUGUGAAAGUAGUGGAAGGCAUGAGGUCAACAUGUGUAAGCAAUUAAAGAUGCAUGGCUGCUGCUGGUAAGAUGGUGAUGAAAAUUUUCAAGUGGUUGCAUGAGCUGAAGCCAGUGUUAUUAAUGGUGGUGGUUCAGUUCUGUUUUGCUGGUGUUAAUGUGUUCUACAAAUUGGCUACCUAUGAUGGUAUGAGCUUGAGGGUCAUUGUUGCCUACAGAUUCAUCUUUGCCACUGUGUUCUUGAUUCCUCUUGCUCUCAUCUUUGAGAGAAAGAGCAGGCCUAAGCUUACAUGGACAAUACUGUUUCAAGCAUUUCUCUGUGGCUUCUUUGGAGGAUCAUUGUCUCAAAACCUAUACUUUGAGAGUUUGGUGUUGACAUCUGCAACAUUUGCUACUGCCAUGGCUAAUCUUAUACCAGCUGUCACUUUCAUCUUAGCUGCUUCUUUUGGGUUGGAGAAGAUGGGAAUAUCAACUCUGGCAGGAAAGGCAAAAGUGGUGGGAACAUUAAUGGGAAUCGGCGGAGCAAUGCUAUUGACAUUUUACAAAGGGUCGGAAAUUCACAUCUGGUCGACACAUGUCAACCUGUUGAAGCUCGUUACACCACAUGGAGGACACGUGGCAGCAUCAGACAACACUCGUGUAUUGGGGUGCAUACUUGCCAUGGGCAAUUGCAUCUCAUUUUCUUUGUGGUUAAUAAUUCAAGCUAAAAUGAGUGCAAAAUAUCCCUGCCCAUAUUCAAGCACAGCAUUGAUGUCGAUAAUGGCAGCAAUCCAAUCGGUUGUUUAUACCCUCUGCGUUGAGAAAGAUUGGAAGCAAUGGAAAUUGGGUUGGAACAUAAGGCUGUGCACUGCAGCCUAUGCGGGAAUAGUAGUGCAGGGGAUGAUGAUAACUUUGAUGAUAUGGUGCGUGAGGAUUAAGGGUCCAUUAUUUGCAACAAUUUUUUACCCUCUAAUGCUUGUGUUUACGGCCUUGGAGGGAUCUCUGCUACUUGAUGAGGAAUUACACCUUGGAAGCAUAAUAGGAUCAGCCUUCAUUGUGUGCGGGUUAUACGCAGUGUUGUGGGGUAAAGAUGCAGAGAUGAAGAAAAUCUGCCAACUCCUUCCAUUGAAAAACUCUGUAGAAGAUGAAACCACAAAUGGCUCUAGUAAGAAUGAUAAAGGUAAGAAUUUAUCAUCAGAAAAGAUACAGGGAAAAGAAGAAACAGAAGAGGGAACUGAUCAAGACAAGGUAUAGUCUCCUGCCCUAAACAAAACAAUGCAGGUAACAAUUAGCAAGCCUUCCCAUCGGCAAUUGCCCUGCAUACUUGGUAGAGAUGGUAGCAGUUUACUCUCCAAUUUGUUUGUUUAGCAGAAAUAUGAAAAUCAAAAUACCCAGAAAAGAUUUUGUGUUUAGUUGGAAGUAGUUGGCAUAUCCUAGCAGUCUGUUAAUAGAAGUAAAAAGAUCAGAAUAAAGAAUGAGAUAUUAUAAUUUCCA